GUGGGAGACCUGCUGGUUUAAAGUGGAGCUGAGCAUCCCUCAGGCAUGGGCAGGGCAGGAGGUGCACUUUGUCUGGGAGAGCGAUGGCGAAGGCAUGGUGUGGCGAGAUGCUCAGCCUGUCCAGGGUUUGACUAAAGAAGGUGAGAAGACUAGCUACAUCCUGACCAGCAGCCUGAAGGAGACGGAGCCCCACAGCCUGACGCUGUACGUGGAGCUGGCCUGCAAUGGUCUCUUUGGGGCCGGUAAGGGCAGCAUGAUUGCCCCUCCCGACCCUGACAAGAGGUUCACCCUGAUCAAGGCAGAGCUGGCCAUCUUCAACAGGGAUGUCUACGAACUGCUGGUGGAUCUGGAGAUACUGCUGGACAUGGCCCAGCUCCUCGGGGAGGAAAACCAGAGGAGUUUUCAGGCGCUGUACGCUGCCAACCAGAUGGUCAACUUAUGUGAUGUCACGGACCCGUCCACCUUCCCUGCUGCCCGUCGCUUGGCUGCGGCAAUCUUCAGCCAGAAGAACGGCGAGAGCCAGCACACCAUCCAUGCCAUGGGUCACUGCCACAUUGACACUGCCUGGCUGUGGCCGUAUGAGGAGACCAUCCGUAAGUGCGCUCGGAGCUGGGUCACAGUCGUCCGUCUGAUGGAGUGCAAUCCGGAGCUCACCUUUGUUUGCUCCCAGGCGCAGCAGUUCGAGUGGGUGCGGUGCUGGUACCCUGGGCUCUACACGCAAAUUCAGGACUAUGUUGCAAAGGGACGGUUCGUUCCUGUCGGAGGCACCUGGGUAGAAAUGGAUGGGAACCUGCCCAGCGGGGAGUCCAUGGUGCGGCAGUUUCUCCAGGGUCAGCGGUUCUUCCAGCAGCAGUUUGGCCGGAUCUGCUCAGAGUUCUGGCUGCCGGACACAUUUGGGUACUCAGCCCAGCUGCCCCAGCUGAUGCGUGGCUCUGGGAUCAGGCGGUUCCUCACCCAGAAGCUCUGCUGGAACCUGGUGAACACCUUCCCGCAUCACACCUUUUUCUGGGAAGGCAUCGAUGGCUCCCGAGUCCUGGCCCAUUUCCCCCCUGGUGACUCUUAUGGGAUGCACGGGCGAGUGGAGGAGAUGUUGAAAACGGUGAAGAACAACAAGGACAAAGGACGUGUGAACCACAGCGCUUUCCUCUUUGGCUUUGGAGAUGGAGGAGGGGGCCCCACGCAGAAGAUGCUCGACAGGAUGAAGAGAAUGAGUGACACAGAUGGGCUCCCAAGGGUUCAGAUCUCCACUCCUGACCGACUCUUCUCUGCACUGGAGAGGGAGUCAUCACAGCUGUGCACCUGGGUGGGAGAGCUCUUCCUGGAGCUGCACAACGGCACGUACACCACCCAGGCGCAGAUAAAGAAGGGGAACCGGGAGUGCGAGCGCAUACUCCACGAUGUGGAAGUUCUCAGCACCUUGGCUCUGGCACGGGGAGGCAAAUUCCAGUAUCCUGCCAGUGAACUGCAGCGGCUCUGGAGGUUGUUGCUCCUCAACCAGUUCCAUGAUGUGUUGCCAGGCAGCUGUAUCCAGCUCGUGGUUGAGGAUGCCCUCCGAUACUACACGGAGAUCCGCAGGGCUGGUGCCCUGCUCCAAGAGGAAGCCGUGCAGUCCUUAUGUGGGGAACUGCUGCAGCCCAAGUCUGAGAGCGCUGAGAGCACCCUCGUAUUGAACACUUUGCCUUGGGACCGGACUGAAGUCAUCUCCAGGCCUGGGCCAACUGGAGCAGAGACUUUAGCUCUGGUGACAGCCCCCAGUAUGGGCUACUCUGUGGCCAGGGAGCCCUUGCUGCCCCCUCAGCCUGUGUCAGUAAUGAAACAGGAGGAUGGCUCCGUUGCCAUGGAGAACGGGGUGAUUGCAGUCUGCCUGGACACGAUGGGACGCCUGACCUCACUUCGGCUGGCCCACUCUGAAAGAGAGUCAGUCCCAGAUGGAUGCUGUGCCAACCAGUUUGCACUCUUUGAUGACAUUCCCCUGUACUGGGAUGCUUGGGACGUGAUGGAUUAUCACCUGGAAACCAGGAAGCCCGUCACAACUCUGCUAAAGCCUUUGGAAGUCACCCUGGCUGGAGGGCUGCGAGGAAGCGCAAGCUUCUCUCUGCAGAUUGGGGAAAGGAGUACCUUAACCCAGGAGAUCAUCCUGGAUGCCGCCUGCCCGUAUAUCCGAUUCCUGACCCAGGUUGAGUGGAAGGAGGCUCACAAGUUCCUGAAGGUGGAGUUCCCUGUGCAGGUCCGGAGCACAAACGCUACCUAUGAGAUCCAAUUUGGGCACUUGCAGCGGCCAACGCACUGGAACACAUCGUGGGACUGGGCCCGAUUCGAGGUGUGGGCUCACAAGUGGCUGGAUCUCUCUGAGCACGGCUUUGGGGUGGCAUUGCUGAACGACAGCAAAUACGGUGCAUCUGCCCACAGGAACAUCCUCAGCCUCUCACUGCUGAGAGCACCCAAGUCCCCCGAUGCCAUGGCAGAUAUCGCACACCACCAGUUCACCUACGCUGUGAUGCCUCACCGGGGUUCCUUCCAGGAUGCUGGUGUGAUCCAGUGUGCGUACAACUUGAAUUUCCCUCUCCACACGGUCCCAGCCAGCUCUGCCCAGUGCCCAGCCUGGAGUGCCUUUUCUGUGAGCUCACCUGCAGUCGUGCUGGAGGCUGUCAAGCAGGCGGAGGACAGACCCGAAGCUGUGGUGGUUCGACUGUAUGAGGCACAUGGCAGUACUGUUAGGACCUGGCUCCAGACCUCCCUCCCAGUUAAAGAGGCGAUGCUCUGUGACUUCCUGGAACGGCCGGAUGCAAGGAGCUGCCUGCCGCUGGAGCAGCAGGGCAUGAGGCUUUCCUUCACGCCAUUCCAAGUGCUCUCUGUCCUCUUGGUCUUGAGGCAGUUUUACUGGUCCCCCUUGCUGGUGACACUGCAACCUGGACUAACACUGUGAGCUCAAGUCACUGCCUGUGGCUUCCCUGCCACUGCUCACAGUUAACCUGCUGGGGGUGCCACCUCUCUAUGCUGAGCCCAGCCAUCAGUGCCCUCUUGCUGGAGCAGGGAGGAACAACAGCCAUGAGGCAUUUUUCCACUGACCCCAGUCCAGUAAUCAUGUUUCCCCAAGAGACGUGCAGAGUGGGCAGUGGUUCCAGAGAAGGCGUAGCUGCCCUCAGCUAGCCAGCUACAGCCUUGUGGGGCAAGGGACCAGCCUGGAUCCACCCCUCUCACAGCACAAGCGGCCAUCAGGAGCACAAAAAAACAGCCCAAGCAGGCCCUGGCUACGACGACUCUGCUCACCCCCCUCUCCUUUCUGGUCAGUAGGGUUAGAUGGCCUGGUCCCCAGGCCAAGAUCCUCCUCAGACCCUGUUGCUGGCAACAGGCCAGCAAAUACAGAAGUACACUAGAGUAUUUCCCUCUUGCCUUCUGCCUCUGUGAAGCUCCCGCUUCUUGCACGGGCCUUACAGAAAAGACGUAAAUAAACAAGAGCCUUUCACAGAAACAGGAUCAAGCCUAUUCUCUUACCUUAUUUCCAGAUGUCUACACAGAUGAGCCUCCUCCCAGGGGCUCUAUUGCAGCUGCUGUUCACUCAGUGUCCUUCUCAUCAGGCUCUCAUCACUCCUGGGAUGGGGCAGGGCCGGGGGAGGACACAACAGCUCUUACCUUUUGGGGGGGGGAGGGG